AUGUGGACAUGCAAGACUUUUGACCAGUUGCUUCCACAAGAAAUUUUAAAAGAAAUAAAAAAAGACCAUUCAAAGAGUCAAGUUUUAUUACAAGCACGACCCGUAAUCACAGCUACAGCUUCUGCUUUUCUCGCACUAGCUACACAACUUUUUCCGGGCACAUAUUCGGCAUUAGGAUUUCCUGAUCAAAUAUCAUCGAAACUUAUUCGAGAAAUUAAUGUUCCGAUGUUAACUUGGCAGGUGUCGCUUUUGGGGGCUUUAAUCUAUGCUGCAAUACUUUUUGGGAUUCAAUACGAGAGACUACAUGCAACAAAAUUAGGAAUCUAUUCUUUGAUUAUACACACAACCAUCUUAGCCAUCUUAGGAAAUGGGUUUCAUGCAAUUUUUUUCGCGGUCCCUCUAUAUGGAUCAAUUGGUCGAGAGAACAACGCACUCCCUCUCUCGUUAGUCGUUUGGAUGUCGUCAUAUGAACAAAAUUUUUCUGUGAAUCAAGCAAAUAUUCAAAGAAGCUUAGAUGAGGCAAGGACAGCGUCAAAAUUGAUGUUCAUCUCGAAAGUGACCCAUGGUAUAUUGGCAUCGGUCGAAAUUCUUGAUAAAACACAACUAAACGAAUCUCAACGUGUGCUUCUAAACACGAUCGAAAGCUGUGGAAAGAGCUUGCUUUCUGUCGUCAAUCAAGUCUUAACGUUUGCUAAACUCGAGUGCGGCAGUUUCGAAUUGGAAAAUAAUGUUUUUGAUAUUUUCACAUUGAUUCAAGAACUCGGUGAUGGAUUAGCACCUAUACCGGAACAUAAAAAACUUGAUUUCAAUAUCUUCUCGACAGUGAAUCCGUUACAUCGGUUUAUGAUCGGAGAUGUUGGGACAAUAGCUGGUAGUGACAGUGGUAGCGGUGACGAAAAGGAAGAGCAACCUUGGAAGGAAGUGAGGAUUCGUAUAGAGGUUACUGAUACUGGGCUAGGAAUCGCUCCUGACUUCUUGAAUCAUAUCCAUCUGUUCUCGCAGGAGGAUUCAUCUUUACGGCGAAAAUUCGAAGGAACUGGGUUAGGACUGAGUAUAGUAAAAGGUCUAUUGGAUAUGAUGCAUAGUCGCCUCGAAAUAAAAUCUGUCAUUCAAAAAGGCAGCAACUUUUCAUUCUGUCUUACCCUUCCAAUCUCUUCUACAUAUGAAGACAUGCGUGCUGCCUUGCUGCCAUUCUCGUAUGAACACCUAAAAUUAUCGGAACACAAACAAGAAACAUUCAUCACACAAUUACGAUCCCUCUCGUUCGUCGUCUUGAAUAAUUUGAAUUUUUUGUGGUCGCAGCAAAUUGUAGAAUAUUUCGCAAAAUGGGGGUUCACUUAUCAUCUUGUAGAAAAAGAAAAUCUGAAGGAUGAAUGCGCGAAAAAAAAUCAUGAUAUUAUCAUACUGGAUGAUAGUAUUGAUAAUUUGCAUUGGUUCCUGAGCGAGUUCAAGACGCAGCAGCAACCUAUUGUUGCUGCUAGAGCUAAGCAAGCUUCAAUGACAGCGGCGGUAGCGACGACUUCGACGGCUACAGUUACUCAGAGCACUUUGUUAAAAGAGAUGCAGUUAACGUCAACGAAGACAGCGAUUCCCUCUAAUCUGUGUGUAGUGUUCUUUUCUAAAAUUACAGAGUGUCAUAAAGCCGAAAAGAUUUUGAAAAAGUUUAAACCGCGAUCAGCUGUAGUUGUAUCAAAGCCAGGAGGCCCAGUAAAAAUCUUAACCGCAGUCAUAAAAGCGAUGGAAUCAAUUCGCUCCGAAAAAACGACCACUUGUUCUUCUUCCUCAUCCUUAUUACCAGAAGAUAACGAUAGCGUGAUAUUACUUUACACAAUUGAUGAAUCAGAUCGAUCCAUCCGUGAAAUAUUGACCGAAGGCGAACUAUUCUCGUCGAGUAGUUUAAGUUCUGUCGGAUUGAGUACAACCGAUUCCUCAUUUCAAGAGGUUCACAAGUUGCAGCAACAGAUUGAAGCGCAACUUUUGCUUCCGCCGCUGAUCAAGGACGAAGAUCAGACGUGUCAACAGACCGAAGAAGAACAACAGCGACAACAAAUAAUAAGCAGUAUUAAAAAGGGAAAAGGAAAGGAGAAGCAAGCAGAGGAGGUGAGUAUUGGAAUGAAGGAGGAUGAAGAAAUAGAAUGGGAGAAAGAUGAAGAGUAA